UGAUCCUCUCAGAGGUUACGUUCGGUCUGACCCGGAUGAACUCCAACGGAACUUCCGGGAAGCUAACAUGUCGACCAUGACGUCAGAGGCGAAGGUCAGUAGAGCGAACCGAACCGAACCGGAAGGUUCUAGCAGAACCAGUGAGCCCAACCACCGAACCAAGAGGUACAGAACCAGCUCCAGGUUGCUCCAUUCAGAACCCAGUGGGACCAUCCUGAGCAGAACCAUCAGAACCGAGAUUCUGGUGAAGCGGGUCGCCGUGAUGUUGGUUCUGUUGCUACCGGUUCUGCAGGAGAUUCCAGCUUCAGAGGCAGAUUCUGAUGGAGCCGGCCCGGCCCGGCCCGCUGUACCUGAGGAGCACGACGGCGGUUUCCCUGAAUGAGCGCUUCUCUCAGCUUCUGAUGACCCGGCUGACCCGACCCGGCAGGCCCGGUUUCAGGAGCCGCAGGCGGAGGGCGGCGCUGGUUCAGGCUCCGCCCACCUGCCAGAGAAGGCGGCUGCGUGUGAGGGGCAGCGUGUGGACCCGACUGGGAGGUCCGCUGCUGACCCGCGGGCCGACCCGACUGCGCUGGUCCUGGAGGCAGCCUGGGUUCUGGAGCUUCAGGAGGAAGUACACCUGGAGAGGCAGGUGCAACGCCCCCUACAGGAGACGGGGGAACCUGCUGAGUCGGCUGGGACAGCGCCGCCUGGUGGAGACAUCAGACCUCCAGAACCAGACUGAAGGAGAGCGGGGUCCCACGCUGCGGAGGGGCGGGGUCACAGCCUCAAAGGGGCGGGGCUUUGUCCCAAAGCAGCAGCUGGAUGCUGAGCUGGAUGAGUACAUGUCUCUGUCCAGAAGCAGCCUGGACCGACAGCUGGACGACUACAUGUCCAUGUCCCGCAGACGCCUGGACCAGGAGAUGGACGAGUACAUGCUGAUGGCGGGCCAGUGUCUGGAGGACUGAGGGGCGGGGCCUGCAGGGGCGGGGUCUCCUUUGUUUUUUACCUGGUUUUAUUUACUAUGAGCAGCACAGAUCUGGCUGCUGAUUGGUUCCUGAGCUUCAGGUCUGUCUGUGGAUGCUUUUGUUUGCUCUUUAAUUGGUUGCUGUAUUUUUGUCUACUUCACUGACCUCUCUUUGCGUUGGAGAUCUCAGUUCCUGAAGCUGCAUUUUCGUUCUCAAAGUUUGAAAAUAAAUGUGAAUAAACGAUG